ACCUGCCAGUAGCCUACAGUAGCUAGCAGCUACCUAGCCAGCGUUAGCAAGCAAGUCUCUUGCUGUUGGCUUCCGUCGCUUCAAUUAAAUAAUACAGUAUUUGUUUUCACCGCAGUGGUGGGAGUGCUAAACUUAUUUGUAUCAAUUUCACUGGCUAACUACAGGUUUUACAGGGACAGGAGUGACACUGUCCUGCAAUGUUCACAGACAUGGACUAUGAUUUGGAAGAGGACAAGCUGGGGAUACCAACGGUACCUGGUACUGUGUGUCUGAAGAAAGAUGCUAAUAACCUCAUUGGCAUCAGCAUUGGUGGUGGGGCACAGUACUGUCCUUGCCUCUAUAUUGUCCAGGUCUUUGAUAACACCCCAGCAGCGCUGGAUGGGACGCUGGCAGCAGGCGAUGAAAUCACAGGCGUGAACGGGAAACCAGUGAAGGGAAAGACUAAAGUGGAGGUGGCCAAGAUGAUUCAAGCUGUCCAGGGAGAUGCAACGAUUCACUACAACAAACUGCAGGCAGACCCAAAACAGGGGAAGUCUCUGGAUAUAGUGCUGAAAAAGGUCAAACAUCGGCUUGUAGAGAAUAUGAGCUCAGGCACAGCAGACGCUCUUGGACUCAGUAGAGCUAUUCUCUGCAAUGAUGGACUGGUCAAAAGACUGGAAGAGCUGGAGAAAACAGCAGAGCUCUACAAAGGGCUGAUGGAGCACACAAAGAGACUACUCAGAGCUUUUUUUGAGCUUUCUCAGACUCACAGAGCGUUUGGUGAUGUUUUCUCUGUCAUCGGGGUUCGAGAGCCCCAGGCUGCAGCCAGUGAGGCGUUCGUGAAGUUUGCUGAUGCUCACCGCAACAUUGAAAAAUAUGGUAUUCAGCUACUAAAGACCAUCAAACCUAUGCUCCAUGACCUGAACACAUACCUUCACAAGGCUAUACCAGACACAAAGCUCACCAUCCGCAAGUACCUGGAUGUGAAGUUUGAGUAUCUGUCAUACUGCUUGAAGGUGAAGGAAAUGGAUGAUGAAGAAUACAGCAGUAUUGCCAUGGGAGAGCCCCUGUAUCGUGUCAGCACUGGUAACUAUGAAUACCGUCUUGUGCUGCGGUGUCGACAGGAGGCUCGGGCCCGCUUCGCCAAAAUGAGGAAGGAUGUUCUGGAGAAGAUAGAGCUGCUGGAUCAGAAACAUGUCCAGGACAUUGUGUUCCAGCUGCAGCGCUUCGUCUCAGGCAUGUCACAUUACUAUGACGAGUGCUAUGCUGUUCUGAAGGAGGCGGAUGUCUUUCCCAUCGAAGUGGACCUCUCCCGCACCAUGAUCAACUACAGCAGCCAGUUGUUCUCCUACACCGAAGAUGAGGAGGAUGAGGACAGAAGAGGCAGAGAGGAAGGAGGAGGCAGCGCAGGCAAACAAGCAGAGAACGGCGCUGAGAAACUAAUCGAUGAUGAUUGAGUGUGAGUGUGAGUGUGUGUGUGUGUGUGUGUGUGUGUGUGUGUGUGUGUGGGGCGUUCUUGUGGGGAUGAAGUCCACUGCUCUAACAUUAACUGUACACUUGCAUUUAAUUUCAACUCACUCACCAAUCAGUGAUUGUUGGAGUGCAACAUGGAAGUUGUAAUUGUUAACAGUGUUUCGGAAAGGUGAAUACUAGUGAAAAUUGUCUGCUAUAAUGCUGCAUGCUGGUCUGCUGGUGUUUUCUUCCUGGGAUACUGUAAAAUAAACAGCUUUGUAGUUAUUUUACCGUAUCACUUUACCAUAGCAAAUUUCGACUGCCAACUUUUCUUAAAAAACAAGUUAUUGCUUUUCAAUAUGACUGUCCUCCACACAUAAUGUCAUAACUGAAUGAGUGUGCGAGAGACACAAAAAACAGAAGGCAACUUUAUUUUAUUCUGAAUGCAGUGAAGGGGUUUUCAUGCUGCAGAGUAGGAACUAUAUGCAUAUGAUUUGUGCCUUCUUAGCACUUAGUUUAAUGAAGUCUAAUGGGUCUGGGCUUUGUUUUAAUGUGCAUUUUGUAGACUGUAAAAGUUAUGUCUUGACAAACAACUGGCAAAUGAAACUGGGGGAUAGAUACACAAAAUGCGAAGGGGUUGUUGAAGAUUGCGACUGAUGCAGACAUAAUUGUUGCCACAUGAAGUGUUUGUUGCAUGCAGCUGUUGUUUAAAAAGGGAGAGCUGUGACAAGCCUGAACACCAAAGCCUUUUCCAUUCAAUCUGUUUCAUCUACUCAUACCACUUGCUUCAAGCUAAAAUGUGUUAAUUUCUUAACACUUACCUACAUUGCUCAAUUUCCAUCAACAACAUUUCUUUUUUUGUUCCAGCUGUGCCCUAACUCAGGUAGUGUUUCUGUUUAAGGAGGAGAAACCCAAUGGACACAGAGCCUCACAAAGCUUUACCAUGCUGUGGAAAUGGAUUGAGGAAGGCAAACACUCCACGUAAAUAACUAUGUACAAGCAGAGAGGGUGUAAAAACUCUGCUGUGUAAUUUUUCUUGACAUUCCAACUUUAUUUUAUUUAUUCAUAAUAUAUUUGAAAGUUUUAAUGAGCAAUAUUGAUUCUAUAUUAUAGUGAAUAUAAUUAUUCAGUUAUUCAAUUCAUCAUUAUUCUGUGUUAAUCAUUUUGUCUUCUUGGGAUUAAGAUGAUUUUGUUCAUUUUCAUGAUCUACUGUAGGGAGCAUUUUGGGUUUUUUUUUUUUUGAUGCUAUCACAUGGGGGCAUUAUCCGAUCAUACUUUUCUGUAGUCAGCAAUGAGUGCGCUAAAGUUCCUGUGUUGAAUUUAAAAAAAAACAAAAAAAAAACAUUUUGUUUGUGUAUUGUUUUGUUUUUCUGAAUAACUGGAAUGUAAUGCGUCAAAGGGACCUACUAUGUGUAGUUAUUUUCUGUUGCAGAGGUUGGCUCAUAAACUACUAGAGCAUUUUGGCUGACAUUAGUUAAUUUAAUUCAACAGUUGUUUUUUACCACAAAUAAAUAAUAACUUAAAUGUUUGGCUUAUUUUUAGAGGGAUGAAGUGUUGUCUGUUUUCCAACGUAAGCCUGUGUGAAGAUUUUAUUUUGAGUUUCUUUUAACUGGCAAGGUUCUACAGUAUUUUAGUAUUUUUAUGAAUGCAGUGUCCAUGAAAUAUGUAAAAUAAUUCGUUAAAUAAAGUAAGAGAAAUGUAACAAAUUGUGCAAACGAAAUGAAUACUAAUGCAAUUAUGUUUUGUGUGCGAUGUGUAUCUCG